AUGCUCAUGUUCGAAGACAACACUAUACACCUCGAACUACCUCUCAAGUACCCAGAAAUGAUACAGGUCACAUUUAUUCCAGACUUACCUGUCCCUACCUGCCUGUCAAUUGAUUAUGCCCUAUUUUCUCGCAGGACAUUCAAUUUUUGCAUCGUUGACAAAGCUUCUCAGAUUACUCUGCCCACAUGUCUAGCUUCCGCCACUAGUCUGCAAUCCUGCUGUGUGAAAAGGUGGUCUGGAACUUUGAUGAUGAUCCAACAGUUCCUUCUUAUUUGCGAUGCUGGAUCUCAUCUAGAACCCACAGAAAUGUGUUGUACUAUGGGUGAUAAAGUCCUUCUUUUCAGCACUAUGACUAAGAAUACUGCCAAAAAGCGAGCUGCCAGCGGUGUUGCUAGGCAACUCAGUGGACCUCUGGGAUCGCUAGUUGCCUCUCCUCCUCCAGCAAGCCCAAGUAGUGAGGGGGAGGUUGAGGUAGUACAACCAGAUGCCCACAGCUCAUGGUGUCUUAUUUGCCGUGACGGCGCCGAGGGGGACGUUGUGCUCUAUGAGUGCAGUGCUUGCCCUUGGGUCAUGUGUAGCAGCUGUCAUACUGGGCGCACCCAUAAGGUGCCUGCACCUUACUAUGGAUUCUACAGAGGGAGCCUGCCAGCUCAAGGAGGAGAACCUGCUCUGCAGGGUUACCUUCAAUUGAACGGCAGGUUCAAGACUGCAUCAUCUGCAGCAUUGGCUGCUGCACCCAUUGCUGUCAUCCACUUCAUUCUGGGUGGCAGUAAUGAGGUUGUGACACCCGUUCCUCUGCUCUCUCACUAUUUGGAGCACUGCUUUCCCAAUGGUGGGUACAUUUAUAUCGAGGUCCCAUUCGACAUCACCACACACAAGAGCAUUCACGAUUACAUGCGCGCGCAGGAUGCCCGCAUCACCCAGCUCAAGUCUCAUCUUGCGCAUAGCAGACGUGUCUUGGCCUUCUUCUCCGAUCACUCCGAGGAAGAUAGCGGGUGGCUUUUUGCUGGGAGAGAGAAAGGCCCCUAUUGCGGCGUCCUUGGUGGCGCCAUCAUGAUGUUCCUAGUGUGCAGCUCGGUUGUGGCCCAUGGUGACACCUUUAGUGAGCUCCAGGAAGCUCUACUCAACUACGGUGUCGCAUCCUCCAUCAUAUUCUCCACCAAACGCUUUCAGCCUCUGGUUGCCACCCACUUUUUGCUCUCUCUAGCGGAGCAAGUGAUAAUAGAGGACCUCGACAUCUGCACUGCAUUCCCUGGUCUUCUCUCCCUCUCCAGUCGCCUUGGACAACACAAGUUCCACAUCGACAAACCACCUGGUUUUGUUGUCAAUGCUGCUAAGACAAAGACUACUGGGUGGUUCCAGUCUCCUUCCACAAUUUUUCCAGUUAAGUUAAGCACACAGGGCAAGCAUCAGAGGAGUAUGGAUGGGGAAGGGUAUCUUUUGAGGGCAUACUUGCUCUCCAUCAGACCGAAUGUUUGGCUGCAUCUCAGGACGCAUGUCGAGCUUUUAGGAGAUGAGCCAGAGGAUGAGAUAUCUACCUUGUCCCCCAAGGAAAGAGAGGCAGCAGCCUGUCCUAAGGAUGCAGCCUUCUACAAGAAGGCAGUUACUGACUGGGACGUUGCCCAGAAGCUAUUUAAGCAGGAGAUUGACGAGUAUGACAAGGAGGAACAAGCGAAGUUAGGGGUGAAGAAUGAAAUCAAGUAUAGAACCAGUCAUGCUAGAGAUUGGUUCAAAAACAUGACCCCUGCACAACAGAAGGAGGUUGAGAAUGCAAGGGAAAAGUAUCGAAAGAGGUACCUCAAAAGAAUUCUCGAUGACUUCACUGAACAAAUGUGUCGUACUAUGGGAUGUCAGGUUAUGAUCCUAGCUAGUCACAAGAAAUCUGCUGACCAGACUCUAAAUGUCAUCGUUCAUGAGUCGAAGCCUGUCAACAGGAAUAAGGAAUGGAUCUCUGAAGGGUUUGAAAAAUUUGCAGAAUGGUCUAAGUUAGAAUUUUACCCGGAUGAAAAUGAUGACCAGUCAACUGAUGAUGAGGAGGAUGACGGCAAGGGUACCCGAAGCUUCCCUCCUGAGCUGGAGUUAGCACCAGAGGGCAACAAGAAUUGGUGCAUCAGAUAUUCUGUGCAUCAUACAGCUAGGAAGGAGGAAAAUAAGAAAAUGGUGAUAUUCAUUGCAGGUAAAAUAGGUGAUAUGAGCAAGGAGCUCCUUAGGGACGCGGUUCCCCACCAGGAGAAAACGAAGAAGAUGUAUGUCAAAAUUGAGCCGGUCAGUUCCUCCAAAAGCAAGUCGGGUGGAACACCAUCUACGUCACGUAGGGCAAACCUAGUCAAGGGUGCAAAUGAGUUGGCCGCAGCAGCUUCCACGGGUCGUACGACAGCAAUGGCCAGCCGACCUUCAGGUGCUCAGGAGGGUGCUCCUGCAAUGGUGCCUAUGAAGGAUCGAAUCCCAUUCUUGAAGUCUCUGAGCAGCAACAAUGAAUACCUUCUUUUAGUUGAGGGCAUCAGAGACUUGGGCAAAGAACCAAAUUUUAACCAGCAAAAAGAAUGGCCUGCCUGGGCAACUUGGUCCUGGGAAGAGUCUUACCUUCCGAAUGAUGUGCACUGUGUGGAUGGUGAGGUGCAGAAGUUUUUAGAGACAGUUGCAUCUAUCAAGAUCUCUGGCUUGCCAUCCGCAAUGCGAGUUACACUUGGUCUUGGAUUGCUGCUUAGGGAGUGUAAGCGAGCCAUUGAAUAUGAGGCUGAUGAGGUCACCUUCCAGACUCCCAGUUACAUUAGCACCUUGAUCUUGGAUAUCAAGGUGCUUGACCUGGUCGUAGAGUCGGUUAACAAGGUCAGAGGCAGACUUAUGCAUCUACUGAAGUCGAAGGAUGUUCAGCAGGAAAGUUCUAUACUCAAUAACACUGCUGGUGGAGGUGGACUUGGAGCUGAAGAUGAUGCUCAUGAUCACGAAGAUAGUGUGAAGGGAGUUGUCGAGGCAGAGAUGAGGCAGAAGCUAGCAGAUGAGUUGCAGAUGCUUGAGGAGAAUACUUCCAGGAAUGAGAAGUUGAAGGAGGAGAAUCGGAUGCUUGAGGCCACCAUGAAGGAGCUGCAGGACACCAGUAGGCUCCUAGAAAACCAGGAGGAGGAGGACGAGAGGCGGUUAGCUGAAGAACAGAGAGUUGAGGAGGUGGAGAAAGAUGAGGAGGGCAAGGAGGGCAAGGACAUGGAGGUGGAGGUGGAGGUGGAGGUGGAGGUGGAGGUGAAAGAGAAAAAAAAGAGCCAAGUCCAGUGGUUCUCGAAAGCCAUCCAAGAAGGUCAAGGUUGA